UCCGGUGUGUCUCUUCCCAUCCUCCCGGCGCGGACAUGGCUGACGGGCCGGUGGCUCAGUUGCUCUUGCAGCGGCUGGAGGGAGGCGAUGGCGGCCUGGACAGUCUGGAGCUGGCGAGCACGCUGGGCCUGGAGCACCAAGCGGUGGUGGGCGCUGUCAAAAGCCUGCAGGCUCUGGGGGAGGUUAUUGAAGCUGAACUGCGUUCUACCCAACGAUGGGAGCUUACACCUGAGGGCCAGGAGACAGCUCAGUUUGGCAGCCAUGAGGCCAGAGUCUUCCACAGCCUCCCUCCUGAGGGUCUGAUGCAGAGUGAACUCAUGAGACUGCCCAGUGGAAAGGUAGGCUUCAGCAAGGCCAUGUCCAACAAGUGGAUCCGUGUAGACAAGAAUGCACCCGGUGGGACCCGGGUGUUCCGUGCUGUGGACAGUGUGGAGGACUUGGUGCAGGCAAAACUGCAGCUGGUACAGGAUGGGGAAGCCGAGCAUCUGAGUGAAAAGGAGAGGAAUGAACUGAAGAAGAGGAAACUGCUGUCCGAAGUGACCCUGAAGACCUACUGGGUGAGCAAGGGGAGCGCCUUUAGCACAAACAUCUCCAAGCAGGAGACUGAACUCAGCCCCGAGAUGAUCUCCAGCGGCUCCUGGCGAGAUGUGAAAUUCAAAGCAUACAACUUCUCAUCAAAAGGUGUCUUACCAGAGGGCGGUCACCUGCACCCACUGAUGAAAGUUAGAACACAGUUCCGACAGAUCUUCCUAGAGAUGGGCUUCACGGAAAUGCUGACCGACAACUUUAUUGAGAGCUCCUUCUGGAACUUUGACGCCCUCUUCCAGCCCCAGCAGCACCCAGCCCGAGACCAGCAUGAUACCUUCUUCCUCAAGGACCCAGCAGAGGCCCUGGAUUUUCCCAUGGAUUAUGUGGAGCGUGUGAAGCGGACUCACUCUCAGGGUGGCUAUGGCUCUCAAGGAUACAAAUAUGACUGGAAACUGGAAGAGGCCCAGAAAAACCUCCUACGGACACACACCACGGCUGCCAGUGCCCGGGCGCUUUAUCGUCUUGCACAGCAGAAGCCCUUCUCCCCAGCCAAGUACUUCUCCAUUGACCGAGUCUUCCGUAAUGAGACGUUGGAUGCCACCCACCUGGCUGAGUUCCACCAGAUUGAGGGUGUAGUAGCUGACUAUGGCCUCACCCUGGGCCACCUCAUGGGCAUCCUCAAAGAGUUCUUCACCAAACUUGGCAUUACGCACCUGCGCUUCAAGCCAGCCUACAACCCCUACACUGAACCCAGCAUGGAGGUCUUCAGCUACCAUCAAGGUUUGAAGAAGUGGGUAGAGGUGGGCAACUCAGGGGUCUUCCGGCCAGAGAUGCUGCUGCCCAUGGGGCUGCCUGAGGGUGUGUCUGUCAUUGCUUGGGGCCUUUCCCUGGAGAGGCCCACUAUGAUCAAGUAUGGCAUCAACAACAUCCGAGAAUUGGUGGGGCACAGAGUGAACCUGCAGAUGGUGUAUGACAGCCCACUGUGCCGCCUGGACACCUAGUCCUUGCACGCUCACCCACCAGAUCCCUACCCACUGUGUUCCUGUAGUGCUCAUUGGGUCUCUGCUGGGACGCCUGGAUCGAGGACCUGGGACCCUUCCAACUUCCCUGGAUAUCUAGAGCCAACCGGGGCCCCUCUUCGCCUUGGACUAGCUUCUUUUACCACCCAGACAACUGAAUAUCUGGAAUUUAGCAGGGCCUACACCCUCUGUCUGCCCACCCCUCCCCUACAUAUUUAUCUUCUGAAAAGUCAAGCCCAGAAUUCCCACCUCCUCCUCCUGGCUUACUUCCCAGGACAUCCUUCCCCCUCAUCAUAGGGCUGGACCCAGAGCAUGUCCACCUGAGCCAGAGUCUCUUUCUUACCUUCGCCUGAGCUGGCAUCCGCCCACGCUUUCUAGGUCUUAAACAGGUCAGCAAGCAGACAUCUGUUCAUGAAUAAAAGAAUUCUGAUUCCUUUGC